AUGGCCAGUCCGUUGCAGUUCGCCUAUCGGACCCAAAAGGCAAUCGGCGUCUUCGAUGCCGCGCCUGCCUACGCUCCUCUUCCUGGGUUUGUCAAGCCCGAAGGGAACCUGCGCUGCUGCAUAUACUCUCCCUGCGGCCGGUACUUCGCCUGGGCCUCUAAUGAGGGCGUAAGCGUUGUUGACACCUCCGCCGGCCAGGUCUUGGCCUCACUUCCCCUGACCGCCGUCUACGAGCUGGGCUUUUCCCCCCGAGGCACCUUCAUUGCCACCUGGGAACGACCUUCCAAGGACGAGGCUGGCGAUGCCGCCAAGAAUUUGAAAAUUUGGCGCACCAUCGAAUCCUCUCCCGAUGAGGUGGCCAAGCAGCCGCUUGGACAAUUUGUGCAAAAGUCACAAAAUGGAUGGAACCUCCAGUAUACGGCCGAUGAGAAGUAUUGCGCCCGCAUCGUCACCAACGAAGUCCAAUUCUACGACAGCAACGACCUCAAAACCGUCUGGAACAAGCUGAGGGUCGAGGGUGUGACAGACUUUGCUCUCGCUCCCGGAUCCACCCACAACCUGGCAGUCUUUGUGCCGGAGAGAAAGGGCCAACCCGCUGCCGUCAAAGUCUUCAAUGUUCCCCAAUUCGCGAACCCCAUCUCCCAGAAGACUUUUUUCAAGGGAGACAAGGUCCAGCUCAAGUGGAACCAGCAGGGCUCCAGCUUGAUUGUGCUGGCCCAAACGGACGUUGACAAGUCGAACAAGAGCUACUACGGAGAGACCACAAUGUACUUGCUGAGCGCCAACGGCUCUUUCGACGCCCGUGUCACCCUGGACAAGGAGGGCCCAAUUCAUGAUGUGUCUUGGUCUCCCAAUGGGAGGGAGUUCGGUGUGAUUUACGGGUACAUGCCCGCCAAGACCACUAUUUUCAACCACCGAGGCGUUGCGACCCAUUCCUUCCCAAUGGGUCCUAGGAAUACCAUCAUCUUCUCUCCUACCGGGCGUUUUGUCUUGGUUGCUGGAUUCGGUAAUCUCGCGGGUCAGAUCGAUGUGUACGACCUCGAAAAGGAUCAUCGCAAGGUCUGCACCAUCGAAAGUGGCAACCCUAGUGUUUGCCAGUGGAGCCCUGACAGCGUCUACAUUAUGACUGCAACGACCUCGCCGCGCUUGCGUGUGGACAACGGUGUAAAACUGUGGCAUGUUGGUGGAGCCAUCAUGUACACUGAGGAGAUGGUCGAGCUUUACAACGUCAUGUGGCGGCCUCAGCCGGCCGACCAGCUGCCCCAGAACGUGGACCCACUCAACCCGGUCCCGACGCCCCACGAGUCUGCGGUUGCCUACCUCGGCACAGUCAAGACACCAUCGAAGCCCGUUGGUGCCUACCGGCCCCCGGGCGCGCGAGGCACUUUGACGCCGUUACAUUUCAAGCGCGAGGAUGAAGGCGGGGCCGCUCAUGUUAUGGGCAACGGCGCUCCUUCCGCCAGCGUGAACGGGUUCGGGCGAUCUCGUCGUCAGGUUCCUGGCGCCGAGUUCGCGGAGCCGGCCCAGGUCCCGGGAGCAGCUCACGCACGUCCAUCCGUUCCCGGCGCCGAGGUCGUUGGGGCCGACGAGAACUUGUCCAAGACAGCUUUGAAGAACAAGAAGAAGCGUGGGAACAAGAAGGCCAAGGACGCGGAGGGAAAGCCAUCGGGUGGCAACGAGGGUGGGUUAGCCCCUCCGUCACAGGAGUACGGCAGUGGAUCCGGGGGCGAGACUCGAAGGGGUGAACGCCGCGGGGGCCAGCAUCACGGGAGCUCAAGGAGCCGCUCGCGCCAUCCUCAGAAUGGCCAGGGCCGUAGCCGCAGCAACACGCAACGUAACAACGAGAACAUUCGCGGCAACGGGCUCCGGGACCACACUCCCUCUGGGCGGGAUCAGCCGCAAGAGACGGUCGAACAAGGCCCGGCACGAGGGGAUGAAACUGGCGCGAACGUGGCUCAGAAUCCUAACGCCAAGAAGAUGAGGGGCCUGCAGAAGAAGAUUCGGGCGAUCGAAGAUCUCGAGAUGCGUCUGGCCGGGGGUGAGAAGCUAGAGGACACACAGAUGAAAAAGAUUGGGACCAAGGUAUCCGUCCUCAAGGAGCUGGAGGCGUUGGAAAAGGACCCGGCGUAA